AACAUUCUUUUUCUUUUGCCACACUGAUGGCUCACAGUUCAGUUUGAAAAUACAGAUUGAGUAAUUGAAGGCAAUAUUUGAAGAUCCAUUACGGGUGAUGUAAAGAUUAACCAUUUGUGCCACCAGAGAUUUUAAAUCUGAUAAAGAAUUCUCCACUCUACCAGUACUUACAGGAUUUGGGACACACGGACUUUGAAAUAUGUUCUUCUCUGUCACCAAAACCAGAAAAAUGCUCAGUGACAGAGGGACAAGAAAAACCUGUAAGAACCCUGCCAAAAGCAUUCUGUUAAAAGUGGCUGAAACCAUCAAAAGCUGGAUUUUUUCUCAGUGCAAUAAGAAAGAUGACUUACUUCAUAAAUUGGAUAUUGGAUUCCGACUCGACUCACUACAUACCAUCCUGCAACAGGAAGUCCUGUUACAAGAGGAUGUGGAGCUGAUUGAGCUACUUGAUCCCAGUAUCCUGUCUGCAGGGCAACCUCAACAACAGGAAAAUGGACACCUUCCAACACUGCGCUCUCUGGCAAUCCCUAAUAUUUGGGAUGUCUCAAUGCUGUUUGCUUUCAUUAGUUUGCUUAUUAUGCUUCCCACUUGGUGGAUUGUAUCUACCUGGCUGGUGUGGGGAGUGAUUCUAUUUGUUUAUCUGAUCAUAAGAGCUUUGAGAUUAUGGAGGACAGCCAAACUACAAAUAACCCUAAAAAGGUACAGUGUCCGUUUGGAAGAUACAGCAACAAAUAGCCGAGCUUUUACUAAUCUUGUGAGAAAAGCUUUACGUCUCAUUCAAGAAACUGAAGUCAUUUCCAGAGGAUUUACACUUUUGCUUGACAGGGUCAGUGCUGCUUGCCCAUUUAAUAAAGCUGGACAACAUCCCAGUCAGCAUCUCAUCGGCCUUCGGAAAGCUGUCUACAGAACUGUAAGAGCCAACUUUCAAGCAGCAAGGAUAGCUACCCUAUAUAUGUUGAAAAACUACCCCCUGAACUCCGAGAGUGACAAUGUAACCAACUACAUCUGUGUGGUGCCUUUUAAGGAGCUGGGACUUGGACUUAGUGAAGAGCAGAUUUCAGAAGAGGAAGCACACAACCUUACAGAUGGCUUCAGCCUGCCUGCAUUGAAGGUUUUGUUCCAACUCUGGGUGGCACAGAGUUCAGAGUUCUUCAGACGGUUAGCCCUAUUACUUUCUACAACUAAUGCACCUCCUGGACCCUUACUUACUUCAGCACUUUUGCCUCAUCGUAUUUUAUCUGAUGUGACUCAGGGUCUACCUCAUGCUCAUUCUGCCUGCUUGGAAGAGCUUAAGCGCAGCUAUGAGUUCUAUCGGUACUUUGAAACUCAGCACCAAGCAGUACCCCAGCGUUUAUCCAAAACUCAGCAGAAGUCAAGAGAACUGAAUAAUGUUCACACAGCAGUACGCAGCUUGCAGCUCCAUCUGAAAGCAUUACUGAAUGAGGUAAUAAUUCUUGAAGAUGAACUUGAAAAGCUUGUUUGUACUAAGGAAACACAAGAACUAGUGUCAGAAACUUAUCAAAUUCUGGAACAGAAAUUAAAAUUGAUAGAGCCCCAUGUUCAAGCAAGCAACAAUUGCUGGGAAGAGGCCAUUUCUCAAGUGGACAAACUGCUACGAAGAAGUACAGAUAAAAAAGGCAAACCUGAUAUAGCAUGUGAAAACCCACGCUGUACUGUGGUACCUUUGAUGCAGCCUGCUCUAUACAUUGCAGACAAAGAUCCAAUCCCUGAGGAGCAGGAAUUAGAAGCUUAUGUAGAUGAUAUUGAUAUGGACAGUGAUUUCAGAAAGGAUGAUUUUUAUUAUUUGUCUCAAGAAGAUAGAGAGAGACAGAAGCGUGAACAUGAAGAAUCCAAGAGGGUACUCCAAGAAUUAAAAUCUGUGCUGGGAUUCAAAGCGUCAGAGGCAGAAAGGCAGAAGUGGAAGCAACUCCUGUUUAGUGAUCAUGCUGUGUUGAAAUCCUUGUCUCCUGUAGACCCAGUGGAGCCCAUAAGUAAUUCAGAACCAUCAAUGGAUUCAGAUGUGGGGGAAGUUGGUAAAAAUGAUAAUGAAGAAGGAAAUAGUAAACCCUCCAUAACUGACAAGGAAAUAUGUAGUAGGACUGAGCAUUUAUGUGAAAACCCUCUAGAUGGUAAAAAUAAAGACAAUUCUACAAAUGAAGGCUCCCUGCAAGGAGCUGAAGAAAGGAUGUGUUACCAAUGUGAAAGUGAGGAUGACUCUGAGCAGGCACAUGCUGGUGACCUGACCGAUGCCCAUCCAGUGCCCAGGGACUCAUUCCAGCCCUCCAUUAAGCAGCGGCUGGCGCGGCUACAGCUGUCACCGGAUUUUAGCUUCACUGCUGGCCUCGCUGCCGAAGUGGCUGCUCGAUCUCUCUCCUUUACCACUAUGCAGGAACAGACUUUUGGUGAUGAGGAGGAAGAACAACUAAUACAAGAAAGUAAAAAUGAGGUAGAAGAAAAGUAAGAACCAAGAUUUACAUGAAGGAUUUUAAAUUGUUCCUUUUAUGAAAGUGUUUUUUAGCUUCAAGACUAGAUACUCCGCUGGAAAGGGAAAAUGAGUGUAAGUUUACUUUAUAUAAAGCUAAGAUGUGAAUUUACAGGAAGGACCCUGGUGUGAACAACUGAUCUGAAAGUAGUAGUAACCUGUAUGGCAGAUCUUUUAGGAAAAUGAGAGAAAGGUAAGGGCUCUUUUGAAUAAACUGCUGUUUUAUUCACAGCACAACUGAUCGGCCUCAAAAAUUCUUUAAGUACUUUUCAUAACAAAUGAAUUUUACCAUUUCUUGCCAGAAUUUGCUGCCAUAAAAUGACUGGGAUUAUUCUGUUGCAAGAAUAUUAACAUUUAGUAUGAGUCCUUUAUACAGUUUUCUCACAAUUAAUAACUGCAGCUAUUAUGUUAAUAACAAGUUGUUUGUAUUUUAUUUUUGUUUCUACCAAGUCUUAAAGAUACAGGUCCUGAAUUUAAAAAAAAAAAAAAAGUGUUCAUGCAACUGAUGUGUAUUGGGGUUUGGAACUAGAAAACAAUUCUAAAAGUACUUGAGUUAUGACAUGUUUCUUGUGUUUCCCUGUUCAUGUGUAUUCAGUAGUUAAUUUUAAGAUUUCCUAAUGAUAAAGAAAAACAAUGUACCAUUUUAAGAAGCACCCUUUUAAAUUUUUGUGUUUAUCUUUUUCUGUUUUUGUUGCAACUAGAAAAGCUAAUGUCAAAGUCCAAGGCCUCACCCCUAACUUUGCAGUAAGUUCUAUCAGUUUGUCUAGAGAUAAUAGGUGUCCUUACCAUAAACAGGCCACCAGGCUGAUUUCUUACUUUAGGCUGUCCCCUCUCCACCUAAGAUCCUGGAAAUAUCCUGUCACUUUCCUGGAAAGCAUCCUUGUCUCUUAAUACUUCAUUUACAAACUACCUCUUAAAAGAGGUUGCUUUCCAAAUUUUCCAGUCUCCUUUGUAUUGUUUUGUUUUGUGUCAUGAUUACAUUUUUCAAAGAGUAAUAUUUUCAGGAGGAUAUUGUUUUUUGAAACCCAUAGCUUCCAUGUACUGACAUAGUUUAUAGGUGUUAUUUGGGAGAAAUGUAGGGAUAACUCAAUUUAUGCUGCUGCCCUACUAAAAAAAGUUAACAUGAUCAAUAUAGAUCAUCUUUAGAGUUAAGAAACACAUUCGAACCUCCUACUACUUAGUGCUUCGACUGGGUAAAUUUUCAUAAAUCACAGGGUUUGUUUUUUUUUUCAAUAAUCUAAGGAAAUCUAUUUUUUAUGCUGAAGAAAAACUUGUUUCUUCUUUGUAUGAACAGUAGAGAUCCUUUGUACUAUAAGUGAUUCUGCCAGUUGCCAAAACUUCUGUGAGUUAUCCAUAAGUAAGCUCUUAGGAGUAAUUCUUAAGAAUGGGCCUAGUUUACAACUUAGAAAUAAUACCAUUUAGAGUUUAUUUUCUUUGUUUAAAUUAUUUAGUUUGCCAACUCCUUGGAUUUGGAAGAAGUAAUUAAGGAAAAACUUGGUAAUCUUUCUUUUAAUCUAUAAAAUUACACAGAAAGAAUUAGAGCUUAAUAAUUUUUAAUUUUUUUAUUACACCAUUUUGGAAAAAAUGUCUUCAUAAUAUUUUAUCAACUUUAGUCAGUGCUCUCUAAAGUAAUACUUUUUAAUUUUGAAAGGUUUAUUUUAAUCAAGAAUUUCUAAUCUUCCAGUCUGAUCUGUUUUAUUCUCUAGUUGUUGCUUAGUUCAAUGAAAAUUCUACUUGCUGAAAUCAUUAUAUAAUGAUCUCGGAACUUGAAUGUUUUUUUGGUGUGUGUAGUUUUCAAAUUUUCUUGUACCUUUUAAAAUAUUUCCAAGGUAAAAUAUUAUCUUUCCUGUGAAAAUUCCUAAUUUUCUUUUACAGUAGUCUAUAAGUCAGUGUUCUGUUUUCCAUGGGGGCGGGGGUGCUAUAUUAAAAUAAAUUGGAAGUCUUAUUUUUAAAAUGCAGAUGUAAGGGCCAUCCUCCCAAUUAUUCUUAGUCGGUCAUUUUGGAAUAAGACCUACAUGAUGUUAUGCCCAGUAAAAUCUAAGAACCUCUGUGUUGGACUUUAGGCUUCUUGCCAUGAAUACCUUAAGAAAUAAAACAGGCCAAUGUAAUAUUAGUAGGUAUUCUUAUUUGUUACUUUUCUAAAAAUAUUUCACUUUAUCUUAUCAGGCUUUUGACUAAUUUUAAUGGCUGCCAUCCCGCAUCCAAAAGGAACUCUCUGGGGAAAAUAUUUUCUGGACAAAAUUUGUAAUUGUUUGGAAAAAUUGCUUUCCAAAUUUUACAGUGGUAUUUUGACAGGAUAAUUCUUGUUACGAGUAACAUCCUGACAGCUUUUAAUAUGAACAUUUCCAUUGUUUGUUUUAAACCGAGUACUUAAUGUAAAAAUGCAUGAAAAAAGCUGUUGAGGUCAGCCUUGAAGACAGAAUUUUGUAUCUAUAGUUAGGAAAGUCAUGGCAAUAAGUGCCCUGGUGACAAUUAUAUCUUAAAUUCUCUUUUUUCAGCUCUCAUUAAAACUACAUAUCUGGCCUGUCUAGUGCCAGACUCUUGCUGGUCUUUGAGUUGUGGUCUUCUGCUUAUUUUCUCAAGUUGUCUCUAUUUUCUGACUUAAGUCCUCAUUAAAUCUAAUUGUACUUAACAGCAUCUGAAUAUAUUUCAUUAGGAAAUGAUACAUUGACUCAUUUGGUUUACGAAGUUAUCGGAGACAAGCAAGUCAAGAGGAACACACUUAAGGCAAAUCAGUAAGGAAAUUUAAGAAUAUUGGUUUAAGGGUUUAAUGCAGAAGGGUAGGCCUGAGCUUAAAUCACAGCUCCAUCAUUAAAAGCUAUGGGUGCAGCUGACUUAAUAACAUUACGGGGAAUUUUUCCAGCAAAACCCAAAUCCUCUAGAUUACUUAAUGACGUUUGUGAUUCCUGACUUCUCAGAAAGACUUAAAAAUAAAACCUUUGAGACUAAAAAACAAGAUCUUGUUACAAAUGUUAGUAAAAUAGGUCAAAAAUUAAAAACUUGAUCUUCUUAAAAAAUAGUGAUAUUAUGGUUCUCAUAAUAAAAGUGUUACCGCUUUUUUUUAUUAAAGCAUAGAGUCAAGUUCUGAUACAUUUCACAAAAUUAUAAAUCAAUAGACUGUUAGCCCAAAGGGAUCCUAGAAGACAUUUCACUCUGGUGACUUUUACUUAUACACCAUCAGUAAUGUAAAAUAUGAAAUAUUUUGAUAAAUUAUUAGAAAUCAUGUGGGAAGAAAAGUUCAAUUGAUUGGUUUAAUCGUAGUAUAUAGUUUCUAUACCUAAACAAAACAAGGAAACAAGAACUAAAUACCGUAAGACUUUGGUGUAGCUCAGCCAGCUCAUUAUUUGAACUAAAGUAGGUAUCAUGCCAUGAAUGACAACCAGACAAAGCAUAAAGGUUGAUCUGUUCUCCCAGUUAUAUUUAAAAAGGCAUACCUGUGCAAUUUAUUUUAGAAGAUGAAGUGACAAAUAUUUUAGAGGAGAAACUAUGGGGAAAUGCCCUAGGUAGAGUAACAGUUGAUUUAUCUGUAAUCAUUAAUGGAUGACUAACUUGUAUAAGUUAAUUUUUCAGGUAAC